AUGCAAACCGACAAGAACAGCAACAACAAACGACCUCUCGAGGAGAAGAAUGAGAGCACUGCCAAGAAGCCUGCCACUCGACAAGCAUCGCUUUUGAGCAUGUUCAAGCCCAAGGUGGUGGAAAAGGACGUUCAAGCACUUGGUGUCAAAACUUCUUCACGCAAACCCAUCGAUCUGUUGCCCGACAUUAGCGACGACAUGAAGGAGCUCUUGGACUUGGAACUCACUACUAUGCAAUAUGACUGGUUCAAGGCACUGAAGCCCGAGUUCACAAAGCCAUACUUUAUCGAACUCAAGAAAUUCCUCAAAGCCGAAAAGGAUGCCAAAAAGACCAUCUUUCCUCCAGCACCACAGAUUUACAGCUGGUCAAACUACACGCCUCCAUCCAAAGUGAAGGUUGUUAUCAUUGGUCAAGACCCUUAUCACAAUUACAACCAAGCACAUGGUCUUUGCUUUUCUGUUGCCAAAGGUGUCAAGGUGCCUCCCUCUCUCGUCAACAUUUACAAGGCUGUUACAAAGGACUAUCCUGACUUCAAGACACCUAACCAUGGGUUCCUUGAAAACUGGGCAAAGCAAGGUGUGUUGCUACUCAAUACCUCGUUGACAGUCCGUGCGCAUGAUGCUGGAAGCCACGCUGGUAAAGGUUGGGAAAAGUUCACAGAUGCCGUCAUUAGUCAUUUGAGUGAGAAGAACGCACACAUUGUUUUCAUGCUUUGGGGAUCACAUGCACAAAGCAGAAGCGGAAAGAUCAACAAAUCGAAACAUUUGGUAUUGAAAUCGGUCCAUCCUUCACCCCUGUCAGCCCAUCGUGGUUUCCUUGAGUGUGGUCAUUUCAAGGCUGCCAAUGAAUACCUUGUCAAGAAUGCUCGUUCGGCUAUCAAUUGGAAUUGCUUGUGCGACUAG